CCGAGAGACAACUGUCAAAAAAUGGCCAACAUGUUGAGAUCGUGGAUGAUGCCCGCAGCGCUCGUCCUGUGCCUGCUGGUGUGUUGGAGCAGCUUGGCGGACGCCUACCCUCCCAAACCGGAGAAUCCGGGGGGCAACGCCUCACCGGCGGAGUGGGCCAAGUACCACGCGGCUGUCAGGCAUUACGUUAACCUCAUCACCAGGCAGAGGUAUGGGAAGAGGUCAACCCCCGAGCAGGCGGUGGCGUGGAUGCUGUUCGGAGGCGAUUCAAGCCAAGACACAGAUCCUCGCUCGGACUACGGCGAUCAGUGGUGA